AUGGGUGACGCAGCCAACGGUGUUGCCGCUGAGGCGGAGCGCUUCGCUAUCGGUAUCUCCUUUGGCAACUCCUCCAGCUCAAUUGCCCGCAUUUCGCCUGAAGGCAAGGCUGAGGUUAUUGCCAACGAGGAAGGAGACCGUCAAAUUCCCAGCAUCCUUUCUUACAUCGAUGGCGAGGAGUACCACGGUACCCAGGCCAAAGCACAGCUCAUCCGUAACUCCAGCAACACUGUCGCAUACUUCCGGGAUUACCUGGGCAAGGACUUCAAAUCGAUCGACCCGACCCCAUGCCACCAAUCCGCCCACCCCCAGCAAAGCGACUCGACCGUUGCUUUCACCAUCCGUGACACUGAGAGCGAGACCCUCAACACUGUUACCGUUUCUGAGAUCACCACCCGCCAUCUCCGUCGUCUGAAGCAGUCCGCCACCGACUAUCUUGGUAAGGAGGUUAACGCUGCCGUCAUCACCGUUCCCACCAAUUUCACCGAUGCCCAGCGCGAGGCCCUCAUCGCCUCGGCCAAGGCUGCCGGCAUUGAGGUCCUCCAGCUCAUUGCCGAACCCGUCGCUGCCGUCAUGGCCUACGAUGCCCGUCCCGAGGCUACUGUGACUGAUAAGCUGGUCGUUGUGGCUGACCUUGGUGGCACCCGCUCCGACGUGGCUGUCAUUGCCUGCCGCGGUGGUAUUUAUACCAUCCUGGCUACUGCUCACGACUACGAGCUGGGCGGUGCCUCCCUGGACCAGGUCAUCAUUGACCACUUCGCCAAGGAGUUCAUGAAGAAGCACAAGACCGACCCCCGCGAGGAUCCCCGCGGUUUGGCCAAGCUGAAGCACGAGGGUGAAGGUACCCGCAAGGCUCUCAGCCUGAGCGCCAAUGCUCAGCUGAGCGUUGAGUCCCUGGUGGACGGUAUUGACUACGGCUCCACUGUUAAUCGCACUCGCUUUGAGCUGCUCUCCGGCAAGGUCUUUGCUCAGUUCACCGGCCUCAUCGAGCAGGUCGUUAAGAAGGCUGAGCUCGAUGUUCUUGACAUCGACGAGGUCAUCUUCUCUGGUGGUGCCUCCCACACCCCCAAGAUUGCCCAGCUGACUGCCAACAUCUUCCCGGAGAAAACCACCAUCCUGGCUCCCUCGACCUCUAACUCCGCCAUCAACCCGUCCGAGCUGUCUGCCCGUGGCGCCGCUUUCCAGGCCUCGCUGGUGCAGGAGUUCGACCGUGAGGACAUCGAGCAGUCGAUUCACCCGAUGGUGACUGUUACCCCCCACCUGAGCAAGGCCAUUGGUGUUGAGUUUAUCUCCAACACUGAGAGCACGUUCCAGCCUCUCCUGAAUGCCGAGACCGCUCUCCCUGCCCGUCGCAUUGCCCAGUACACCGCCCCCAAGGAGGGUGGUGACGUGCUGGUCCGCGUGUGCGAGGGUGCCCGCGAGAUUAAGGUCACCAAGCCCGAGCCCAAGUCCAAGGAGGAGAAGGCCGCUGAUGAGGAGGACUCCGAUUUCGACUCUGACGAAGAGGAGGAGGAGGACAUUCGUGAGAUUGUCUGGAAGACCGAGAAGCCUGUUGCUGAACUCGCUGUCAAGGGUGUUAAGGCCGGCGGCAAGGUCGAGAUCAUGAUCCACGUCAACCCCGAUCUAGGUCUGCAGAUUGCUGUGCGCGAGGUUGGUGGCUCUACCGCCGUCCGCGGUGCCAUCAACGGCUCCGCCUAA